AUGACAGACGUCGGCGGUGGUCUUGGACUCGUCACUUCUUCUUCUCCUACCACUACUACUACUGCUGAUACUACUCACACUCAUUCGUCUCAUAUGCAGAGUCAGACCCAGACCCAGAACAAGUGGCAACAAAAGAACCAGACACAGCAUAAUCACUCGCUUAGAGACACCAGCACUCGUCGUUCUACAUCAGCAUCAUUGUCUACUUCCACUUCCAAGUCAACAACAACGACACCUGCCACCACGACGACAACCACAAAAGGACGAAUCACUCGCUCUGCAGCAGCAGCUGCAGCCGUCGCCGCCGCCGCUGUUUCCUCCAAAGCAGGUGAGGCAUCCGAAGCCAGAAAAGCAGCUGGAGAUAAGGACAAAGACAAAGAAAAGGCCGGUUCACAAAAACAGAAGAAAACGAGCAACACCAGCAGCGGCAAGAUGUCGUCGACGAUGACUACCACCGGUGGUCUGACCAACACUGCCAAUGCUGCUGCGUCCUCGUCCUCCUCAAACUCUUCAAGUCCCUUAACUCGCAAACGAGCAGCAGCAACUCUCAUCACAACAGACCUAGCGUUACCCACACCCUCACCACAAAAACAGCGAUUGACUAUAGACCCGGGCGCCGCUCGCUCCGGAGGUACAAAAGUAGAACAACACCCGGCACCAGCAUUAGCAUCAGCACCAGCACCAGCACCAAGAAGUGCCGCUGCCGCUGCCGGUGGUAGUGGUGGUGAUGCGAAAGAACCCGGUGGUAGUGGUAGCGCCAGCCCCCCGCAAGGAACAGGAACAAGAGCAGGAGCGGGAGGGACAGAAUCAGCGACUACAGAGCUGGAUAACCAUUCGGCGGGUUUAUCGGUGGGAGGCUCGGUGGGAGGAGGUGGUGGUGGUGGGCAAGCUGGGCAGGGCGGAUACGGAGGAGGAGGAGGAGGAGUGCAGAGGGAUUUGAUUUGUUUGUGUACGCCUGCGCCAAAGGUUCCUAGGCCUAGGAAUGCAUUCAUCCUCUACCGCCAACACCACCAAGCCCGCGUCGUCGCCGACCACCCGGGCCUCGCCAACCCGGAAAUCUCCAAAAUCAUCGGCGAGAAAUGGCGCGCCGAAUCCGACCUGCACAAAGAAGAAUGGAAGCAGCUCGCUGAGGAAGAAAAGCUGCAUCACCAGCGAAAAUACCCCGAGUACAAGUACCAGCCUAGAAGAGGGAAUAAGCAUACCUCUACUUCCUCUAUUGUUGUUGGUGUUGGUGCUGGUGGGGGGACAGGGAGUAAUAGGGGUAGUCCUACGACUCCUGGUGGUCCUGGGGGUAUUGGUGGGAUUGGGGGAAGUGGGGGGAUAGGAGGAGGAGGAGGGCAAGAACAUCCGGGUAGAUGCCCCAAUUGUGGAGGGAGGUAUAUCGCUACGCCUAGGACGCCUUCGACGCCGUUUACGGCGGGAAGUGCGAAAAGCGUGAUGCACGGGGGUGAGGGACGGACUAGUGGAGGUGGUGGACAGUCGGGGAUGGAUACGCCCAGGGGAAGUAUCGAGCAUCAUACUUCGUCGUCGUCGGCUCGCGGGCAACAGCACUAUGGUCAGCAACAUGGAGGAGGAUACUACAGAGACCACCAUCGAGCGUCUGUAUCCUCGCAAGGAGGCGGAUACCAAGCUUACCCGAGCAGAGAUUACCACCACAGUCAGACGUACCAUUACCCGACACCUUCGCAUCAUCAGCCAUAUCCUGCCCAUCCGCUGUAUGAUAUGCCGCAGGAGUAUGAUGUUGCUACACCUACUGGCACUAGCUCUAGCUCCAAGCGCAGACGGUAUGAUUCGACGGCGAUGCCUUAUCGUCCUGAAAGGGAAUAUGCGCUUCCUUCGCCGACUACACCGUAUGGCAGUAGCAGUCGACAUCCCAGUGUAGGCGGUCAAUACGCUGUCCGCCCACCGUCUCAUUAUCAUCAACAAAACCCAAUGUCUCCGACACCGCUAGGACUUGGACACAGUUAUGGCCAUGGACAAGUCCCGUUACAUAUUUACCCCGCCCCUCCACCUCCUACACCCUCUGGAACCAUUGGUAGUGGUGGUGGUGGUGGCGGCGGAACUGGAAGUCUCCCACCCACACCGGGCUUCGCUCCCGCACCAGCUGGACCACCAACUUCCACCGCUGCACUUUCCGGUCCUGCAUCGAUUGCACCCUCAGGACGCGGACGGAGUCCACUGUCGAAUACUAUGGCGCCGCCUCCUCGGCCUCCUAAACUCUCUGUUCCUGGUUCAAGUGGCAGCUACCAUCAUGGUCAACAACACUCAGCGUCCGGUCGUUCUCGCUCUGGCCUCAGCCCACUACGCACGAGAGGUGAUGAAUCCGUGUUUGACCCAUCCUUGCGUUUACCGCCGUUACAGACGCACUUGGCUCACUUGCCGCCUACUUCUCCUGAAUCUGGAUCUGGCUCCUCAGGAACUGGUGCCGGUCCAGGCAUCAUUUCCGCUGCUGGCGGUGGCGGCGGUAUAGGACUUGGGAUAACUUACCCCAGCGAUCCUCGCGAUCCUAGAUCUGCUACUUCGUCGUCCCCGUACCCGCGAUUGACGGGACAUGGUACAGCAGGGAACACGCCCACUGCUGGUUCUUUCCCCGCGAGUUAUCAUCAGGGCGCUCAGCCUCAUCCUACACUCCAACAGCCACCCACCUCGGUUCAUCCCUCAUGGGCAACACUCCAUCACCAAGGACAAAAGGAACAGCAACAGGUUGCGCGGGGUGAGCCAUCCCCCGUUGCAGCAGUAAGGGACAACAUCAGGGAACCUACCACGGCUACCACACAAGACUAUUCUCACAGUUCAGACCCCAACACUACCAAUAGCAGCACCAACAGCAAAAGGCAACUCGCUCUCCUAGAAGCCCAACAGCGCCAGCAAUCAGUAGAAGCAAUGGUUAUGAGCAUCGACUACGUCCGCAAGGCGUCGGUCCUUCGGCGGAUCGGGCGGGAACUACCCGCUUACGGUGCCGUAGCUGACAACAUUGACAAUAUGUCUGAGACCGGGGAUGAUACUCAGGAGCAGCAGCAGAUGGUAACAACGAGAGGGCCGAUCAUUGCUGUUGAGGGACCAAACAAGGAGUUGUUGCGAGUGGUUGGCAAGGCAGUAGAGAGGGCGUUGGUAGAGCUGGGGGAUUGUGAGGUCCGAGCCUGGGUUGGCGAGGGUGAUGUUUGGGGCGGUGAUGGUGACGAGGCGGGUGAGAAAGGGACGACGAGUGAGAAAGAGAAAGAAAACAAAGGUGGUGGUGGCGUCGAAAUGAGUGAUACCGUCAUCGUACGCGGUUCAUCACCCAAAUCCAACAACAACGGGCAAGACCGCUCGUUUUCCCACUCCCCGCCGAGCGGAAUUGUCACCCCCGUACCGUCCACAAACACAAACCCCUUCCCCCGCUACCUCGACCUCAUGCUCUCCUGGCACCUCAAAGCCUCGGAACUGAGCAAAUUCGUCACCACCCCUUAUUUCUCUCCCUCCUCUUCCCCUUCUUUAUCCCCGUUACCACCCCCCUCUCGAAACCCCUCCCACUCACCCUCCUCUACCAGCCAAAACCUCCCCAAACUGCCCAUCGCCCUCCUCCCCCUCGGCUACUCCCUCACCUACUCGGACCGCUUUGCAUGCACCAUUCCCAUCGCCGACGCGUACGCGCCCGUAGAUCACUGGCAAUGGAUGGCGACCCUCUGGCGUGGCAUCGUCGGGCCGGAUCUGACGGUAUAUGUGAAGCCUGUAACAGAAGAGGAGACAGUGGUGGAGGGAUGGGCGCCGGUUGGAGUAGAAGUGAAAGGAGACAGGUUGAUUGUUGUUCGGGUUGUUGUUCCGUCUGGAUGGGGUGGACAAAUGAAGGGAGUGGUAGAGUUGGGCAGUGAGGCGGAGAAGCAGUUGGCGUAUGAGGUUGGGGAGUGGGUUAGGGCCGGAGCGUUUGGGGUGCAGGGAAGGGGAGGGGUGGCGAGGGGGGAGAGGGAGAGGGAUCUAGUGCCGCAGGGAGGGUAUGAAUAUGGAAGGGGGCAUGGGUAUGGUGGUGAG